AUGAUUGCUCAAGUGCUACUUAAAGACGUUGCUGAAACCCCAAGGAUCCCUAUCAAAGAUUGCAUUAGAAACGUUAAGACAGUAUAUCAUAAAACGAUAAGCAAGAGAAAGGGAUAUCUUGGGCAUAGGCCUGCGUUUGAAAUGAUUUAUGAAAAUUGGGAGGGCUCUUUCCAGACGUUGCUGAGGUAUAUUGCAGCUCUACAAAAAUUCAAUAUUGGUACUGUUGUAGAGUGGAGGCUUAUGCCUGGUAAUAUUCUCAACUUUGUGUUUUGGACAUUCAAACCAUGUAUUAAUGGUUUUGCUCACUGA